AUGCGCGAGGACACGCCAGCCUCGGAAGCCAACACGAAAGUCAUGCUUUCCUCCUGCCAGACGUCGCUGGUCGCCGGUCAGGCGUCGAGCGAGGCCGGCCACUCGGAGCCGGUACCACCAGCACCAGCCGCGCUCGACCGGCUCGACACGAAAGCGGCCUCGGAAUCGCCGAACGCGUCUCAAUCGGUCGUCUGCUCGUCGAGCCGCCUCACGCGUCUUCUCACCGAGUGGCCACAGUCGGCCAGCCUCGAGGCGGCAGUCGAGGCCGCGACCGAGGCUGAAGCCGAGGCUGAGGCCGGCCUCGGGCCGACCGGCGUUGCGGAUCCUGCGCCGGUGAGCAAAGCGGAAGACGAGAUCACGGUCGGCGUGAAUGACGAUUCUGCGUCGUGGAGCGACACGAUCGAGGAACCCUCGGCUGCCGGGUUUGAAGGCUCGGGCGAAUCGGUAGAUCCGGUCUCGGGAAGGCCAACCGAGCGGCGCGGACAACGGCGAGCCGCCGGAACAAGGUCCACACGAGGCAGCCCCGCACGUAUCGGCCUGCUUCAUGAGCACCAACAGCAUCAGCAACUUCAGGAAGCGCAGGCGAAAGUGGAGGCGAUGAUGUUUGGCGUGGAAUUUCUCGAUCAGAACAAAGAGCCUCUCGAGGUGGCUUGCAUCGACCAGGAGGUCGUCUGGCAGAAGGAGGCCUGUAUUGAAAACGAGUUCACACACCAAGUGGGUUUUUGUGCUCACUCAACAGUCACUAACCCACCCUCAGGCUAA